AUGGAGAUGGCGCCGCGUCUCCAAGUGGCAGUCUGUGUUCUCUGGAUCCUGAUGUGCACCGCUGGGUCAGUCUCUGAGCUGACCUAUGGGCUGACCUCUGGCACCAACGGUACGUCACAGCAAGAUUCCACUGUACGCGACUGCAGUGACCUGCCCUACGGCUCUCCAAGUGGAGUGUAUACAAUCCAUCCUGAUCGUCUCACCCCGACCUCGGCCUACUGUGACAUGGACGAUGGUAAGGGAUGGACCGUCUUCCAAAAAAGGGCCGAUAUUUUACCCAGGCAGGACUUCUUCAAGGACUGGGAGGCCUACAAGUGGGGUCUGGGAAGUUUUGAUGGAGAGUUCUGGUGGGGACUUCAUCACCUCUGGCAGCUGACCUCCCAACUGGACCGAGUUUACGAGCUGCGGGUAGACCUCUGGGAUUUCGAAAACCAGACAGCGUACGCCAUUUAUCAGAAGUUCACCAUUGAGUCCGAGGAUGGCGACUACAGAAUUGACUUUGGCGACUACAUCGGGACCGCCGGGGACAGAUUUGGUCUAACCUACAACAAAGGAAUGAAGUUCUCCACAUUUGACCGAGAUAAUGAACCCACGUCAUCUAACUGUUCAUAUCUCUACCAAGGCGCCUGGUGGUAUUCUAACUGUGUCUGGGCCAACCUCAACGGACAGUACAAACCCGGAGUAACAGGCCUCACAACCGUCUUUUGGUACGACUGGAGGGGCUACUACAGCCUGAACACCACCACAAUGAAGAUUAGACCCACAAAUACACUAUAA